AUGGGAAGCAGCAACGGUAGAUCACCAACACCACCACAGGACUUCAGUGGUUGGCCUGCUCCGGCCAUCCUGGGAGCGAACGACGACUUGAUGGAUGUCGACAUGGCAUCGCCCCUUAACUCACCGAUCGUCCAGCCCACGUACGAACAAGUACUCGCAGCUACGGCUGGACGGUCGGUACAGGUAAGUACCAACCAGGACGACGGUGCUUCGGCGUUCGUCCAUGCAGGUUCAGCAGACCUUACCCUAGAGGUCGCUUCACAGGACGAAGGUGUCCCGCCAUCCCGCUGGGCAGGUUCCCAGUUCCAGGAUGGUGAGGCACUGAUUGUUUCUGAGGGGAUGGAAGUGUUCCAGCCCGGAGCACAGGAGACUCCAAUCGUCGUUGACAGCCCAGAGGUGAGCUACGCUUCACACUUCUUUUCGCCCGAUCCGAACUUCGGGAACAUCGGAUAUCCUCAAGCAGGAUACUCCGAGUACGCUGAUACCAGGCCCCCGCCCAUCUGGGGUCGCACGACCCCUAGGCAGGUGAGUCCCGAUGUAGGUAACCCCGAUGCAACAAAAGUUCCUUUGUCAUUAAUCCUUAACUCUUCACCAGAGCAAGACACCGCCCAACAGCAGGUUACCGCCCCCAAGCAACUCAUCCAUCACACCAUCCAUCGAACACCAGGUGGAUGGCUGCUCCAAGAGCCGGUUCAGCUCCCCCUGAACCAGGCCAUCUAUGUGUCAUCCGACUCCGAGUCAGACAACGACUCCGAGGAAGACCAGGGGGAAGACGCGGAACAGGAGGACGCGGGGACGCAGGAUCCUCCGUCUCCGCCAGCGAACUCCAGCGCGUCGUCCACAGACGAGGACACCGAAAUGGAGGUCGAUGGCCUGGACGUUAUCCAGGCCUAUUUUGACAACGGAACUGACCUCGCACCUUCCUCGCCAGAAUUCGGCCCGCUCAGUUUCAGCACGGAGUUCGUAGACCACGACUCCGAUGACGAGAUGGAGGACGUGCCCCGCGACUCUGACGGCAACGGACUCACAGAGUGGGGCCCCGCGGACUGGAUGAACACCGCGGAGAACUUCGAGCACACGGAGGGAGACUCGAUGUACGACGGUCCUCCCGAUCUGGCAUGGAUGAAUGUCGUCCUUCCCGGCGAGCAGACCCACGGCGCGGAGUAUGAGUCGGACAGCAGCGAGCUGACGGAGGUGGAUGACGAGACACUUCGUUUCAUGUGUCCCGUCAAGACUGACGCUCAGGAUGCCCGCUCUGAGGACCCGAACGACGAGGAGCCUGAAGAGUCGGAUGCGGACUCGGACGCGGACGCGGACGCAGAAGGCGUCGACGACGACGAGGUAAUGCCCGUCGAUAAGAUUCUUGAGGAAGACGAAGAAGGGUAUCUUCUGCAGUGGCCGGCCGACCCAGAGACCGGCAAGAAACCCAAGCCGACUUGGGAACCACACAACCACGCCACCGCUGCGCUGGUUGCGGAAUGGGAGGAGAAGAAGAGGAACCGGGGACGGUACACUGAGUAG